AUGGCGGCCUGCGGCCGGGCGGCGCGGGGCCCGGCGGGCUGGGGCUCCUGGGCGCUAUGGCGGCGGCCGGGCCGGGGCCACGGGGCCGGGAGCGGCCACGGGAGCGGCCACGGGAGCGGCCACGGGCCGGGGGCGCUGGGGCGGCGGGGCCGGGGGGCGUCCGGCGCGGGGGGCUCCGGCGGGGGAGGCUCCGGCGGCGGGCGGGCCGGCCGUACCCCGUGGCGCCUGCUGGGGGCGCUGUGCCUGCAGCGGCCGCCGCUCCUCGCCCAGCCCCGAGAUCCCCUCCAGGAACGCAUGGACCUCAUGCUGCGGCAGCUGGAGGUGGAGCGGAGCCUGUACGCGGACCACGAGAUGCGGGCGCUGCAGGAAGCGCGCCGGCUGGAGCGGAGGAAGGCUGACUUGUACGACUCGGACGACGAAGGGGAGGACAUCGUGCUGGCCCAGGACCUGGAGGAAGCCUGGGAGCAGGCGGCCCUGCGCUUCAAGCCGGCGCCCCGCGAAACAGAAGCGGAUCUGAAGAAUGACCGGACCUCCCUGAACCGAAAGCUGGACCGGAACUUGGUGCUGCUGGUCAAGGAGCGGCUGGGCGAGCAGGAGGUGUGGUUACUCCCCCAGGCCGAGUGGCGGGCGGGAGAGACGCUCCGCGGAACGGCCGAGCGAGCCCUGGCUGACCUCUCUGAUAAUCAAAUGCAAGCCAAGUUCCUAGGGAACGCUCCCUGUGGGCACUACAAAUUCAAGUUUCCCCAGGCCAUGCGGACCGAGGGGAGCUUAGGGGCCAAAGUGUUCUUCUUCAAAGCCUUCCUGCAGAAAGGAGAAGGAGGACCCUCCCUGGCCGGGAGGAAGGAAGGCCACUACGUGUGGGUCAGCAGAGAGGAGCUGGGCGACUACUUGAAGCCAAAGUACCUGGGCCAGGUCAGGAGAUUCUUCGUGGACAUCUGACGGACCCCUCACUUCGGUGGUGUCGGGCUGCGGAAGAUGCCACCGGUGACUGGUGGUGGCUUUGCCUUGGAAGGAAUAAAUCGGCUUCCCAACCCUGCAGAAUAAACUCGUUUUCUUCUCUGCGAUUUGAGAGCUGCCAGA